UUCUUUGUUUUUUUUUUUUCUUCUUCUUUCUUUUUUUUUGGUGCCUUGGAUUGCCUCGGCGCACGGAGAGAAGACGCGGAGGAAAGAGAGAGAGAGAGGAAAAGAGAGCGAGAGAGAGAGAGAGAGAGCGAGAGAGAGGAGGGGGAGAGUGGAAACCCAGGAGAAGCCUCCAUGUUUCAGCUGCCCAUCCUGAAUUUCAGCCCCCAGCAGGUCGCCGGGGUCUGCGAGACUCUGGAGGAGAGCGGCGACGUCGAGCGCCUCGGCCGCUUCCUCUGGUCGCUGCCCGUCGCGCCGGCGGCCUGCGAGGUCCUCAACAAGAACGAGUCGGUGCUGAGGGCCCGGGCCGUGGUCGCCUUCCACACCGGCAAUUUCCGCGAACUCUACCACAUCCUGGAGAACCACAAGUUCACCAAAGAGUCGCACACGAAGCUGCAGGCGCUGUGGCUGGAAGCGCACUACCAGGAGGCUGAGAAGCUGCGGGGCCGCCCGCUGGGGCCCGUGGACAAAUACCGGGUCCGGAAGAAGUUCCCCCUGCCCAGAACCAUCUGGGACGGAGAGCAGAAGACCCACUGCUUCAAGGAGAGAACCCGGCACUUGUUGAGAGAGUGGUACCUGCAGGAUCCGUACCCGAACCCCAGUAAAAAGAGGGAGCUAGCACAGGCUACUGGACUCACACCCACACAGGUGGGAAACUGGUUUAAGAACCGGAGACAAAGAGACAGAGCGGCGGCUGCGAAGAACAGGCUACAGCAGCAGGUUCUCUCCGGCGGCUCGGUUCGCUCCUUGGCGGAUGAGGACGGCACGGUGGACCGCUUAGGGAACUCCUCCAGCCCGGAGGCCAGCCUGUCCAGCAAGGCGGCCGCCUCGGCCAUCUCCAUCACCUCCAGCGACAGUGAAUGUGACAUCUGAGCAGCGCGAACUGACCGAUUAAAGGGGGAAAAGACAAUCUAAUAAAACAAGUAACAGUGCCUGCGUCGAGUUAAAACACACAGACACACACACACACACACAAACACACACACAAAUACACUGACAUUUGACGGCUGCCAAAACAUGAGGGGACCCGCCAUUCGUGGGUGCCAUUUCAGGCCUAUACUUUUGUUUGCUUGGAAACUGAAACCGGACAUUUCACGGACUAAUAGCUCUUGAAGAUGAAAUUUUUAAAAAAGGGACAGAAAUAUAUUAAGAAAGAAAGAAAGAAAGAAGGAAUGAAAGGAGGGAUGAGUGUCCAUCCAAACUGGCCUGACCUGCUGUUCUCUGUGGGUAUUUCAUGUUGAAAAGAAGAACUGUGAUAUUUUUACUUUAAAGUUUUAUAAAUAAUGUUUAUUUGCUUAUUUAAAACGAUCUGCUCUAUUGUCUCUUCGAGUUUCAUAUUCAUUUGCUUGGUGUUUUUAAUACAUACCUUGUACACAGGUGAACCUGUUGAGCAUGCGCGCUUUAGUGACAUUGUGUUUCAGUAAAAAAAAAAG